AGCUUCUGAACAGAUGCAUUUGUUAAGAGACUGUGGUCAGAGAACUGAAGAAACAGUACGUGGCGUGGUUCUCUCAGAAAACUGAUGUGUUUCCUGCGUCUUAAAUCUGAGAUCUGAUUCAUUUAAUAAAAGGCACAUAAAACAUCAGAAUGCAAAUAACAAGAUUGGGUUAUCUGCUGUUAUUCAUUGCUCUGACGGGUUGCCAAGCGGACCGCAGUGGAUUCUGGGAUUACUUUAGUCAGCUAACCAGUGAGAAGGAUGAAUGGGAUCUUCAGGAGAGUGCACGAGGAGAAUUCAGUGGCAUGAAGAGCAGUUUUCGGCAUGGUAUUAGUUAUGUAGGUAAUUUUCUAGGGCCCCUCAAGAGUGGAUUUCAGAAACGACUCUAUGAGGACUCUGAUGGGCUGCGUCGACUGAUACGCAAGGAGCUGCAGGAGCUUCGUAGGAAACUAUACCCAUAUAUGGAUGAAGCACACAUAAGAAUCAGCAGUAAUCUAGAACAACUACGAAAGCGCCUACUUCCUUACACGGAGGAGCUGAAAGAACGGGUAGGAUGGGGAGCUCAAGAACUCCAUGCACAGCUUGGUCCAUACAAGGAGGAUAUGAAGACUGGAAGAGUACACGGUUUGGCAGAAAGCCUCCAUGACCGAAUUACAUUGAACACAGGAAGAGUCAGGCAAGUUUUGUACCCACUGGCUGAGCGUCUCAUUGCAGAGGUCCAUCAUGCAGCAGAAGAGUUACAUGGAAACCUUGCACCUCAUGCCCAGAUCACACAGGAGCAACUGAGCCAACAAGUACAAGAGCUCUCCCGGAAACUGACUCUGAAUGCAAGGGAGCUUCAUGAAAAGAUCCAGAAGAAUCUGGAUGUGCUGAAAGAACAGUUGGUGUCUUACCCAAAAGAACUAAAGGAAAGGUUUCCGAAGGGAGAGGUUGUUGAACCAGUAGCACCCUACAUGGAGGAAAUGGCUGCUCAGGUGCAGAGGGAAGUGGAGGAAUUUCAUAGGAGCACUCAGAGGCAGAUUGAGGAUUUUACACACAUGAUUAAUAUGGAAGCAGAAGAAAUUCAACUCAAGCUGUCCCCUGCUUCUUGGGAUUUCCAUGACAGUGUCAGUUCAGUUGAAGAUGUGCAAGAGAAAUUAGACUCCUUGUGGAAAGACAUAUCCGAAAGUCUGAACUAGGGAGGGUUAAACAGACUUAGGAAAGGUUGUGACACAGCAAAUAUGAACAUUGUUCGCAAUAAGGAAUACUUCAGGAGGCCCCUGAAACAGUUGCUUUAACACAAAGGGUCAACAAUAUUAUUGCAAUUUGUUUACAAGCCUAUUGUCACUUGCUUUCUAAUUUAAAACUUGUAGCAGUAGCAGUAGUUUAUUUACAGUUCAACUUUCUUUUUAAAGGAAGGUGUUUAUUAUAUUGCAUCCCUUUCCAUGUUUAGGGUAAAAUAUACUUAAUAUACAUAAAUCCAAAAAUGUAAAAAAAUGUAUAACUAAUAUAUAAGAUAACUUAUGUGUAUGAGGGUAAUCUUUCAUAAAUUGUGUCAUAAUUGCAGCAUUUUUAUAACAAACACUUUUGCCUAUGUGUCAAGGUUUUUUACAUUUCCGAGACAUGCUAUUGUUCAAAACAUUGCAAUAUCAAUUUAAAAUAUGUUAA